AUGUUUCCCCCCAAACUCCCCUGUUUUCCCCGCCAACUGCUGCCCCUCUUCGGCUCUGAUGAGGCUGCCCCCCGGGACCCCCUGGACGUUUACCUGGAGCAUCGGCUGCUGCUGGAGCAGCGGGGCCGGGCCGGGGGCGCCCCCAGGACCCCCCAGAAUCAGUACCCCCCGGAGCUGCUGCGGCGCUUUGCCACCUACAGCUGCGACCAGUGCGGCGCCGAGACCUACCAGCCGAUCGAGGGCCCGACCUUCACGCCGCUGCUGCUGUGCCCGAGCCAGGAGUGCCAAACCAACCGCUCGGGGGGGCGGCUCUACCUGCAGAGCCGCGGCUCCAAAUUCACCAAAUUCCAGGAGCUGCGCAUCCAGGAGCACUCGGACCAGGUGCCCGUGGGUCACCUGCCGCGCUCGCUGUCGCUGCACCUGAGCGGCGCCAACACGCGCCAGGCCCAGCCCGGCGACCACGUCCGCGUCACCGGCGCCUUCCUGCCCCUGCUGCGGCCCGGCUUCCGACAGGUGACACAGGAGGAGGAGGGGGAGGGAGCGGAGCUGAGCCCCGAGGAGCUGCAGGAGAUCACGGGCACAGGGGAGGAUUUCUACGGGAAGCUGGCGGCCUCCAUCGCCCCCGAGAUCUUCGGCCACGAGGACGUGAAGAAGUCGCUGCUGCUGCUGCUGGUGGGGGGCGUGGAGAGGAGCCCCCGCGGGAUGCGCAUCCGCGGGAACAUCAACAUCUGCCUGAUGGGGGACCCGGGCGUGGCCAAGUCGCAGCUGCUGACCUACAUCGACCGCCUGGCGCCGCGCAGUGCGUGCCUUCCUCCUCACCAUCCUCCUCCUCCUCACCAUCCUCCUCCUCCUUGCCAGUACACGACGGGGCGCGGCUCCUCGGGCGUGGGGCUGACGGGGCUGGCCCAGCACGUCACCUACGUGCACCAGCACAGCCGGGAGCCGCCCAGCGCCUUCCGGCCCCUGGACAUGAAACUCAUGAGGCGCUACCUGUCGGCGUGCCGCCGGCGCUGCCCGCGCGUGCCGGAGGCGCUGGGCGAGUUCCUGACGGCCGCGUACGUGGAGCUGCGGCGCGAGCGCGGCCCCGGCCUCUACACCUCUGCCAGGACCCUGCUGGCCGUGCUGCGCCUGGCCACGGCCCUGGUGCCCCCGGGAUUUGCUCAAUCCCUGUUUUUUGGGUUAAAUCCCUGUUUCUGGUCAAUGCCGUGCCCGCGGGCGGCCGAGGCGAUCCUGGCGCUGCUGCGGGAGCUGGGGGGGCGCGGGGGGCGCUCGGUGCCGCUGCCCCGCGCCCGCGAGGCGCUGGCGGCGCGCGGCUUCACCCCCGGCCAGCUGGGCGCCGCGCUGGACGAGUACCAGCGCCUGGACGUGCUGCAGCUGGACGCGGCCGGCACCCGCAUCACCUUCGUCUGAGAACACCAAAAUCCCCAAAUCACAACAAAAAAUGCGGGGGUUUGGGCAAAACGGAGAAAACCCCGCGAAAAACGGAGAAAAUCCCACGAAAAAUGGAGAAAAUCCCGCAAAAAACGGAGAAAAUCACCCAAAAAACGGAGAAAAUCCCGCAAAAAAUGGAGAAAAUCCCACGAAAAACGGAGAAAAUGCCACUAAAAAUGGAGAAAAUGCCACAAAAAUCCGGAAUUUUGGGGGUUAAAGGAGCUGCAGCUGGACGCGGCCGGCACCCGCAUCACCUUCAUCUGAGAAUCCCAAAUCACCCCAAAAAAUACGGGGGUUUGGGCAAAACGGCGAAAACCCCGCGAAAAACGGAGAAAAUCACCCAAAAAACGGAGAAAAUCCCACUAAAAAUGGAGAAAAUCCCGCAAAAAAUGGAGAAAAUCCCACGAAAAACGGAGAAAAUACCACUAAAAAUGGAGAAAAUGCCACAAAAAUCCGGAAUUUUGGGGGUUAAAGGAGCUGCAGGUCAACGCGGCCGGCACCCGCAUCACCUUCGUCUGAGAAUCCCAAAUCACCCCAAAAAAUCGGAGAUUUUGGGCAAAACGGCGAAAACCCCGCGAAAAACGGAGAAAACCCCGCGAAAAACAGAGAAAAUACCACUAAAAA